AUUAGGAGAUAAUUUUAUAUGGAGCUUCUGAUAAGCACUGAAUUCAGUGUUUGAAUCAUUUUUAACAACUCUCUCUCUCUUCUUUUAUUACUUCUAAUAUAAUUUUAUGUUCAUAAUUUAGAAAUCAUAAUUAUCCAUCCAAAAUUUCAUUCAUUUCCCACUUCAAAUUACCUUCUUUUUCUAUGUUUGGCUGAUCUCAACGCCUCUUUGGAAGCUUCAUUCAUUUCAUCUUUCUCCAGAGCACCUUGCUGUGUUCAUGUAGGACCAUUGUUUGCCCUGCAAAUCAAACUUUUGGUGUUAAUGGUGGUUGGUGCAGACAAUGAUAGUACGUAAUAUGCUUAUGGGGGAAAGAAUACAUUCACGAGACCGAUUUAGCAACUGGAGGCUUGAUAUUGACAACAUGUCAUAUGAGCAAUUACUGGAGCUUGCAGAUAAGAUAGGGUAUGUCAACACUGGAUUGAAAGAAGAAGAGAUAAGUAGAUGCAUAAGUAAAAUUAAGGGGUCGAUGAAGAAUGAUUUAGCACCAAACAUACCCAUGCAUGUGGAUAACAAGUGCAGCAUUUGUCAGGAGGAAUAUGACGAUGAAGGAGAUGAAGAGAUGGGGAAGCUAUGUUGUGGACACAGUUUUCACAUUCAAUGUAUAAAGCAGUGGCUGCUGCAGAAAAAUGCUUGCCCUGUUUGUAAGACUGAGGCAUCACCUCGGUGAUAGUAGCAGCAGCAGCAGCAGCCAUGGAUGGAUUCAAUUUAAUCCACUUGUUGGUGGUUUACUUACUGUUUCAUUUAUUUUAGUUUAGUCCAAAAUUAGUGUUUAUAUGGAUGACAAUGGUAGCAAAUUUAACUCCAAAUCAAAUAUGAUGGCGAUUGUUUUGCUUUCAUAAAGGAAAAUAA